CACCGGGGCGGCCCCCUGGCCCUGCAGCCCCCCGGGGUGACCUUCCUGGGCAAGGGGCUCCCCGGGGAGCUGCCCCACGGGGACCCCGGGAAGGGGCUGGACGGGCCGGGGGAGAGGCCCCUGGUGACGUCCCCGCUGUCCCUGGUGAAGCUGGAGGAGCACCAGCGCUCCAACAUCAGCAAGUUCGAGCGGAGGCAGGCCAGGCCCCUGGACGCCGCCCUGCACCGGGGGGAGGAGGAGGGAGCAGAAUUCCAGCAGAAGUUGGAGGAGCCGCGGCCGCCCCCGCCCAGGGUGCGCCCGGUGCCGUCCCUGGUGCCGCGCCCGCCCCAGACCUCGCUCGUCAAGUUCGUGGGGAACAUCUACACCCUCAAGUGCAGGUGGGAGCCCUCCCUGAGCCACGGGGAGCCACGGGGAGACACAGGGAGACACAGAGAGCCACAGGGAUACACGGGGAUACACGGGGAGCCACAGGGAUGCACGGGGAGGUACAGGGAGACACAGGGAGCCACAGGGAUGCACAGGGAGCCACAGGGAUGCACAGGGAGCCACAGGGAUGCACAGGGAGCCACAGGGAUACACAAGGAGCCACAGGGAUACACAGGGAGCCACAGGGAUACACAGGGAGCCACAGGGAUCUACAGGGAUACACAGAGAACCACAGGGAUACACAGGGAGACACAGGGAGACACAGGGAUACACAGAGAGGCACAGGGAUACACAGGGAGACAGGGAUGCACAGGGAGGUACAGGGAUACACAGGGAGACACAGGGAGCCACAGGGAUACACAGGGAGACACAGGGAGACACAGGGAGACACAGGGAUGCACGGGGAGGUACAGGGAGACACAGGGAGACACAGGGAUGCACAGGGAUACACGGGGAGACACAGGGAUGCACAGGGGGACACAGGGAGCCACAGGGAUACACAGGGAGACACACGGAU